ACCACAGAUUACCAGUGCUUUUAGACUCAUCAUGGCACUUCAUGCAGACAAGGCAAAUGAUGUGGCAACUGCUUCGAACUUCAAGCAGGUUGUCACAAGGCACCUCCACCUUGAUAUAGAUGUGGAUUUUGAAAGCAAGAGAAUACUGGGACAGGUCAAGCUAUCAUUGGACACUCUGGCAGACAAGUUGGAAUCAGUUGUUCUUGAUGUCCAUGAAGCCUUGGAAAUCGAAGGCGUCAAGAUUCAAAAUAAAAGUGGCACCAGCAAAGACGCAAAAUUUAAAGUGGUAUCGUUUGCCAAAUAUGGAAAAGCCUUGGUCAUAACUCUUCCAGACAGUUUUACAAAGGGAGACAAGUUUGAUACUGUGAUUGACUUUGUCACUUCACCAGGACCAGCUGUGUGCUGGAUGGAUCCUGCUCAAACUGCAGACAAGAAGUACCCGUUGAUGUACACUCAGGGUCAAGCAAUUCUCAACAGAUCGUUUUUCCCGUGCCAAGACACCCCAAUGGUCAAGGCCCCGUACUCCGCCUUUGUCAAUGUCGCUGAUAAUUUCACAGCCCUCAUGAGUGCUCCGAGAAUGAGCCGAGGAGAAAAGGCCAACAGAAAUGGCGUGAAGGAGUGUUUUUUCUUUGAGCAAGACGUUCCUGUUCAAGUGUAUCUGGUUGCCCUUGCAGUGGGAGACUUUGUCUCUGCUGAGGUUGGGCCUCGCAGCAAAGUCUGGUCGGAAAGAAGCCUUGUGGACAAGGCCCAAGCAGAAUUCAACGGGGAAAUUGAGAAGUUCCUUCAAGCGGGGGAGCAAUUGUUUGGGAACUAUGUUUGGACCCGCUAUGACAUCCUGAUUAUGCCACCAUCGUUUCCUUUUGGGGGAAUGGAAAAUCCUUGCUUGACUUUUGUGACGCCCUGCAUUGUUGUCGGGGAUAAGUCGCUGAUUGAUGUUGUCAUACAUGAGAUUAGCCACAGCUGGUUCGGCAACCUUGUGAGCAUCGCCAACUGGGGAGAGUUUUGGCUGAAUGAGGGUUUCACAAUGUAUGCCCAGCGGAGGAUCCAAGAUAAAAUUUAUGGCAGACCAUUCUCAGCCCUGGAGACAGCGACUGGCCAGUCCUUGUUACACAGCCAAAUUGACCUGGAUGGAACUGAUCACCCUCUGACCAAGCUACGCGUGGUGAUUGAUGAAGGAGUGGAUCCAGAGGACACUUACAACGAAACGCCGUAUGAGAAGGGCUUCUGUUUCGUCUCCUACUUGUGCAGUCUGACAGGCGAUGUGGAAAAGUUUGAUGACUUCCUAAAGGCAUACGUUGAACAGUUUAAGUUCAAGGCGCGGAUUUGAGUUUGUGAAGACAUGGCUAGACAAACCAGGCCGGCCUGUGUUCACCCCUGACCUCUCGGACAAGGAUCGCCUGACUGCUGAAGCAGAUGAAGUAGCAGAGAUUAUGUCUGAUGGACGAAGAAAGGGCUCUGAGGCCAAGGACAUCAGUGGUUGGCAGACGUACCAGAUCAUGUACUUUCUGGACAUCUUGUCUCGUAACUCCCCACUGCCUGAUGGGUGCAUGCAGAAGCUGGCUGCCACUUACCCCCAACUGGCCAAGUCACAGAAUGCUGAGAUCACCCUCAGAUGGUGUGAGAUUGUCAUCAAGAACGACGCUAGUGAACAUUUUGACAAUGUCCGCAACUUCCUCAAGAGUCAGGGCAAGCAGAAAUACACAAAGCCGCUGUAUGUGCUGAUGGCCCGCGGCACGGACAGAGCGCGCCACCUGGGAGCCAGUGUAUUCCGCGAGACACGAGAUGCUUUGCAUGUUCAAGUGCGACAGUAUGUUGCUGAGAUUCUAGAAGAGGCGGGCAUCUUGGUUUAAGGCUUUGAUUGAUCUCAGAGCUGCGGACAACUGAAUGCUGAUGACCACCUGCUCCAUCCUGUCAAAAUGAGCAUGUAAUGUCAUUCAUUAGUUCAUAACAAUUGCGUUGUAACCUUUUCAUGAAAACAAGACUAUGUUAUUAUUUUUUCAAGAGCUUACUAAUUAACUCUUUUGGGACAUUAUUUGUAUGAGUCUUUCCCUGGAAAUGAAAAGCUGUCUCUCCUUUCUAUCAGGGAGACAUUAAAGAUCAAAUUUAAAAAGCUGUAUUAAAACUAAUGAUUAAAGGGGACCAAAAACAUUGUCCUUCUUAAUGGGGGAGGGUUUAAUUAAACACAACACUAAUUAUGUGAGUUCCACUAAUUUUCUUUUACUAUUUCUUGGUCCUUUGAAUAACCAUAACAUGGUAAACAUGCAAUGUUGAUAUAAUAUUAAUUACAUUAUCCAUUAAACUUUAGAGCAAUGCCAAAAAAACAAUGUAUGGAAUACAGUAAUAGGCUGAACUUUGUGUGACAGAUGUGUUCAUAAUAUGGUGGAGCGUGUUUAUGAGGCUAGAUUGGACCUUCUGACCUGGCCUGGGCUAAGUUCUUGAAAUAGAAAAAGUGGCUUCCAGCCAUAUUACUUUUUCUUACAUACAUACCAGAUAUUGAGCAAAUAUUUUGGAAAAUAGUUCAUUCCAUUGUUUAGACCGAGUUUAAAACAGUCUGUAAUUAUCAUAUAUAUCUAAACUUUCAAAAUCAUGUUGACUGGAUCAGUCUUUCACUCUGUGUGGCAGCUCUAUUGAGAUGUUUUUCUUUAAAUGGGACACGUAAAGCAUAAAGAAUUUUGUAAUAUGUUGAGGAAAAUGUGACUUUUGACCUCCAUUAUGUGACAUAAUACUUAAACUGUCAGCCUGUUGGGUGCAUAAUUUGCUCAGAUAAUUUUUGUAAAGCUGUUUCAAACUCCAUAAAUUCAUCACAUAUGGGGCAUAUGGAUUGAGGGAUGAUUUUGAUCUACCUAUUUUUGACAUCUUGUAAUGAUAGAGAGGAGAUUGAAAUGCCACUUGAAGAGUCUUAGAAUUUUUAAAGUCCAGAUUGGUCUUUGAGAAUAAAAAAUAAUGUUGCUUCUCUGGUAAUAAAUGAAGAUGUUUUAAUUCACCAUUUUUGUUUUGUUCUUGAAAUGUAUUUUGUUUGCAAUAUUGUUGCCAGUUGUUUGCUCAAUAUUUUCAUGCAAUGCUUAAGGUUUUAGAUGAGAACUCUCACUGCUGGUGCUUUUAAACUUUUCACAUCUCUUUGUGCAACCCUCCUGUGCACAUGAACACAAUGCUUCUUGUCAGGAUGCUAAGUAUUUCUGACACAGUUUGGUUACCCUGUAGAUGAAGGGCAUAACUCUUGUCCCCUGUAGUUUUGCACACAUCCAUAAAAAUGAAUGCUCAAUGGUUUUGUUACACUUUAGUUUUGCUUAUAAAAUAGUAUCUUUCUGUCUUUAUCUGAUUUUAAGAUUUUAAAGCGGUAUGUACCUCUUAGUUGUUUUGUCGUUUACCUUGUGAACAUGAGUCUUUAGUAAAGGCUCCCGGGGAGUUCUUCAGCCAGAGUAUAGUGUACUGAAAUAAUUUUUGUUCUAAACAGGGGUAGUGUGUGAAAAGGUUUAUCUUUUAAUGGAGUUUUGGAGUAGUGCUGCACAUUGUAUUUGUCCAGUCUGAGGUUUAAAUUUCAUCUGUUCUGUGGAUUGUGGUAGUUUGUCAAUAAUGAGAUGAGUGUGAUGCUUUCAAGCUAAGACAUUUUUGUCUCAAAAUUAUUGCUUCAAUCUAAUAAUGAAGUGUCCAAAAAAUUUUUCUAAGAUCCAAUAGACAAAGAUUGUGAUAUAACAUUUUUUUUAGAGCAGUGAAAUAAUUGGUGUUAGUGUUACUUGUGCAAAGAAUCUCUCAAUAGAGUUAUUUAAAUCUGUAGGCCUAUUUGAAAUAUUCAAGUCUCAUUUUUAUUCUAAUCCCUAUUAUAAGAGAAUAAUUUCUGGCUAGUUAUGAAUGCAGUCUGUCCUAGCAACUUAUCCUAAUAAAUUGUACCACUAAGGAAAUUCAUUUUUAUUCUAUAGGUCACUAGUAGAGAAAAUUAAGGUUUGAAACUGAAAGGGCUUUUUCCUCUUUUCUUGUUUUUUGAGAUUAUAGAAGAAAAAAUGUUAAGUCACAUUAAAUCAUUUUUUAUCGUCAAGCUUCCAUCUUAUGAUUUCAUCCUUUUCUGGAUUUUGUUUGAUGUAUUUCUUGAUGAUUCGUCUCUCUUUGUUUUUUUUGUUUUUUUCUCUCCUUGUUUUCGUCUGUGUCUCAAUAACGUGCCUUUUAUCACACCUCCAUUGUUUUUGUGAAGUGUGCUGAGUUUUUUAAUUAGGCCUAAAUUUUUUCAAUGACUGUCUAAAGAAGGCGGGUAUGAUGCACAUGUUAUAAUAUUGACCAAAAUCCAAAAAUCAAAGCUCUGUGAAAACUUAGAGCACCAAGCUCACCACUGAUUGAUGAACAGUCUUUUACCUCAGGGAGAAAUUAAAGCAUGCUUGUAUAUUUUAAAAUGUUAUUUUUUUCAUUGCUUUUUUGUAUGCAAAUGAAUAUUAAACAAUUUGUGGUGGCCAUCUUAUUUUGACAAAUCACAGAAGUUUUACUUGAAUGUUUUAUUUAAACUCAGUACAUUUUUACCUAAUUAUGUAUAUUCAAUAUACUGUUUGUUUUAGCAGAUAUGCGUUGCCCAUACUUUUUAUCGUCAAAUUUUAGUUUUACAGUAAAGUAUCUUUCAAUACCAAUGGUGGAGGAUAUGAAAUCCAUAUAAUUUAAACAUGUUGUCUUAUUUAGACUAGUUGCAUUUUUCACACUAGAUAAUAUAUUGAUACACUUGUUUUUAUAAUAAGAAUUUACAACUUAAUCAAGGUUUUACGCGCAGAUUCAUAACUACACAGACUUAAAGAGUUGUAAGCACACUCACCAAGAUGCAUACACUCACACAGACAUUCAUUUACACACGUGCACACUCUCAUAAGAAAACAUGAGUAGGUACAUUGGCACACAUACACGCCCAUACGCAGAUGCAAUCCACACACUCAUACACCCUUUAUACUUUAGAAACAAACACGCAAUAAAUGUUCUUAGGAUAGAUCUAUCCUCCACGAUUUACUUUCAUGUUCAGGGGGGGGGGGGGGGGGUUAUAAACAAAAUUAUAAACUUUGUCGCUGCCACGUUGAGACAUUUUGUGCCAUUGAUUCUUUCUAUAACCACAAUUUACAUAUCAUUUGAAAGACUAUUCCCAAUUUGAAGGGAGAUGUAUGCAGUGAAUUAACAUGUUGACCCAUGAAAACCAAAUUGUCUUGAGUAUGAUUACCAUUGUUUUAAGAAAACAGUGAUUGAAAAUGUUGGCCUUUCGUAAAUUAUGAAAUAGUCAUUCUUGAACUUUUUUUUUCUUGUUUUUUAACAAAACAUAUUGUCAAAAGUGUUGUAAUUAAAGUAGGGUACUGUAGUAUUAACUUGAUUACAUUGUUAUUUCGUUUCCUAAAUUAAGGCAGUUUUUGUACUUCAGACAAUUUUGCUUUUCAAGGGCGAUAUUGAGAGUCUUGACAUCUUUUGUUAGGGUUAUCUCCCCUGUUUCCUGCACCUUCCUCUCGUGAUACUAAGUUCUCUGUUGCUGUGAGGCCAAGGACCUUCUAUUUAUCUAUGUGGCCUCUGUGAAUUGUUGAAAUAUUUACCUCUUUAUUGGUGCUUGUGAAAUUGACAACUCACUUAAUUGUGUCUUUAUGUAGGCUAUUUAAAAGCCCAAAGAUUAUACUUUCUUGGAUUUGUGUUUUCAAGAUGAACUGUCUACGAAGUAACCUUACAUUAUGUGCGUUUAUGGUGUAACGGUUGAGGUAUUGCGCCAUCGCAUGAAGUAGACAUGAGUUUGAUUCUCGUGUGGCAACAAUUUUGAUUGAGUAUCUCGGGUAUCUAAGUUUUUCUUUUGGAAUGCUAUAUCCUUCUUAGCCUGGAUUGACUCUGACAGGCAGGGUCAAACAACAGCCUUCCUCCUAAAUGAUCUAAGUAAUGUUGAUGAGGGUGUGACUCUUUUACAGUUACAUUUCCCUUUUUUUUUCUUCUUACAUUACAAUUACGAUAUCAAGAAAAAUACUUGUUAUCUCUGUCCUGAGAAAAAAAAAUUGUAUGGGAGACUUCCCUUUUUUCCAGGUACCUUAGACUGCAGAUCAAUAAUGUAUGCCUUUUUGUGGUGCUACACAUCAUAUUGUUAUUCUUUUAUAGACAAGAACACCAACACAUGUGAUCAAAACCACAAAUAAAUGUAUUGCGAGGUUGAAAAUGACUCCCCAAUCAUAAUAUGAUAUAUUUGAUAUGGAUGGUUGGUGGGCACUGGGAUAUUGUCUGCUACUUCUCCUAUUUUUCAAAGUUUGUGUUGUUUAUGUCUGAUAUUGGCUAAUGUGGCAGUUAUUCUGUUUAUUGUAUCUUAAAUUACAACACACAAACUCAACA